AUGACUCUCCGCCACGGCUUUGCGGCCCUUCGACAGCCGCUGCACUCUUUAUCCGGCAAAAUAGAUAAAAUAUAUCAGCUGAAUCCCAGAAUUCCAUCUUCAUGCAGUCGACGCUCUGGUAGUUCUGCUUUUCGCUUCCACCAAGCAGAAGGGGGCCUCUUGGAGGGCCCCCCAGGGGGCCCCUCAAAUCUCUCUUGCGGCGGGCGCUGCCUCAGCACGUCGACAGCGAGUUCAGCUCUUCCUGAAAUAACUCCUGCAAUUGUGGGCUCAUUGCUUGUCAAGGACCCUAAUGAGCCGUUGCCUGUGGCUGCUGAGACUGCAAGUAGCAGCAGGAGCAGCAGCACGAGCAGCAGCACGAGCACAAGCAGCGGCAGCGGAAGCGGCAGCAGCGAGCGGUGUGGGGGACCUGAGCCGUACGUAACAGUGUAUGAGCCCAGCACUGGGGAGGCCAUAGCUCGCACUCCAAAUUUGGGGAGUGCUUGGGUUUCAGCCGCUGUUGCUGUUGCUGCUGCAGCGCAGCGUGAUUGGGCGCGCAGCAGCGUGCUGGCCCGCAGUACUUUGCUGCUGCAGUGGUUCAAGCUGGUGGAAGAGCGCAAGGAGGCCUUGGCUGCACUCAUAACAGCAGAAGCAGGAAAGCCUGUUCCUGAGGGACGUCAAGAGGCCGUUUAUGGGGCCUCCUACGUGCGCUGGGCUGCUGAGGCUGCGCGGCAGCACAAUGGAUUGACUAUUCCUGCUGCUGCUGGCAGCAGCAAACUGCAGUUUACUGUCAAGGAACCCCUGGGGGUGUGCGCCCUUAUCACCCCUUUCAACUUCCCUCUUGCCAUGGCUGCUCGCAAAGCAGCAGCAGCACUAGCAGCAGGAAACGCCUGUCUGCUGCGCCCCUCUGAAGAGGCCCCGCUGUCGGCGUUGGCCUUGGCAGCAGCAGCAAGGGAGGCGGGCCUCCCCCCCGGGCUGCUGAAUGUGCUGCCGUCGUGCCGUGCGGGUGCUGCUGCGUUUGCUGCUGCUGUUGCUGCAGCGCCGCAGGUGCGGCUGCUGUCCUUUACGGGCUCCACCGCUGUGGGGCGCCAGCUAUACAGACAGUGUGCAGACACUGUGAAACGGCUGCAGCUCGAGCUCGGGGGAAAUGCCCCAUUUGUUGUUUUUGCUGAUGCUGAUAUAAACGAGGCAGUCUUGGGGCUGCUGGCUUCGAAGCUGCGCUGCUCGGGCCAGGCUUGCAUCAGCCCCAAUCGCGUGUACGUACACCGCAGCGUCUUCGCCGAAUUCACGAGAAAGGCCACGAAGCUUUUCAAAGACCAAACAGUAGGGGACCCCAAGACCCACGGGGUGGCUGUGGGGCCUCUCAUCAACCACGCCGCGGUGGACCGCGCGGAACAGCUGGUCAAGGAUGCUCUAGAGAAGGGGGCUAAGCUGCUGCUGGGCGGCAGCAGGCUGGAGGCCCCCAGGGGAGCGGCGCCCUCAAAGGCCCGCGGGGCCCCGGGGGCCCCCCAGGGCCCAGGGCCCAAGGGUCCCUGGGCCGCUGGCGGCAGCUUUUUUGAAGUGACAGUCCUAGACUGCCGCGAGAUGGCAGCGGACGCUCGCGUGCUGCGGGAGGAGUUGUUUGGCCCGAUUGUGUGUCUGUACGAGUUUGAGACUGAAGAAGAAGCAGCAGCAAAGUGCAACGACUCGGAAGCUGGGCUUGCUGCUUACUUUUACACACAAAGUGCGGGCAGGGCUGUGCGCUUCGCUCAGCUGCUGCAGUGCGGAAUGGUGGGGGUCAACACCGGGACCCUCUCCUCCUGCGAAGUGCCCUUUGGGGGAAUCAAGGCUUCGGGGAUGGGCCGAGAGGGCUCUGCUUUGGCCCUAGACGAUUACACGAGCACCAAGUUUGUAGCAAUUCAGACGGGCCUGUAG